AUGGCCAUUCUGGGCUUCACACCCAUUAAUCUGGAACAUCGAAUCAAUGACAAGGUGCUCCAUUUCACUUCAUUCUUGAUUCUCGGCACAUGUUUAUACUUCUUGUGGAAUCUGUCUUACAAACGUAAUCUCACGCUGGCCUCCCUCAUUUUGAUUACCAUGAGUAUUGGCAGUGAAUGUAUACAGAGUUUUCUUCCGUAUCGUACUUUUGAUGUGAAUGAUAUCAUUGCCAAUUUGUUGGGUGGAGCUUGUGGUGUCGCUUGUGCAUUUUUGGCAGAUUAUCUCUUUACAUCCAGGCGGGAACAUCAACGACGAUGGGGCGGAAAACGUGAAGCUGAGUAUCAACGGGCGUUAAUGGAUGAAAUCGAUCUUGAUGAGGAAGACCAAGACCAACGGAGCCGUCACGGUGCAUAUCAGGCGUGA